UAUUUUGGCAGCAUGUGCUAGACCAACUAAUGUGGCAUGCGUUAAAUGCUGUCUGUAGGUCAUUAUGUUAUCUCGCAGUCGCACGGUGACAAAAGAUGGUGUCAAGUUGUAACCUACCCUGUCGUGACAUCAGCAGUGCUGACAGCCUUGUCAAACCGGUGUUGGGAGUCUACAGAAGAGCUGGCUCCAUUCAGACGGCCAGGAGAAACCCACCUGCGUCGCCGCCCCUGGCUGUCCUGUCCUAGCACUCGGGCCAACAAUCCCAGAGCCAAAGUGUUCGUACCUGGAAAGCAGGAGUAGGCUAACUUUAGAUGAAAAGGCACAUCGAGAAGUGAAAGCAGGAAAAACAAGUUUAGUUGUUUAAAAAAAAAAAAAAAAAAAAAAGAGAUCCAUUUCAGAAAGGAUGGCAACGAAUGGGAUCGAAAAGAAAAACAACGCUGGAACGAGAUGAACAGUGAACUUUGAGUGGGGCUGGAACACGCCCUCCAACACACUGGUCGGUCCCAACGCCUUGUGAACACAGUCUGGUAGCGUUUUAGCACCUCAGGGCACAAUGAAUUGCCUGGGAAGUCAGCCUAAACUCAACAGAUCUAAGGAAUAUGCCAGAGACCAGGAGGUUGUCCAAAUAAACAAAGAUAUCUUAGGUAUGGAGGAUGAUCCAGACCUCCAGUUCCUCCUGCAGGGGGGAGACCUCCUCAAGGUCCGCUCCUCGUCCUGGAAGAAGAACCGCUACUACAGACUCUUGGAGGACUGUGAGACCAUGUGGUACGAAUCGGAGAAAACCUUCAAGACGAACCAGAAAUUUUUACUCGAUGACAUCUCAGCAGUGCGAGCUGGCCGUCAGUCAGAGGGCUUGAAGAAGUACACAGAGGAGCAUUUGGAGUCUCGUUGCUUCUCCAUUAAAUUCAAGGGCCGCCGCAAGAACCUGGACCUCAUCGCCAGUUCAGAGGAGGAGGCCAAGCAGUGGAUCAACAGCCUGCAGAAAAUGAUCUCCAACAUAGGCAGCCUCAACAGCCAGCAGAAGACAGAGCAUUGGAUCUUGAGCUGCCUGAGUAAAGCAGACAAGAACAGGGAUGAUAAGCUGAGCAAAUCAGAGCUCAAGAACUUCCUGCAUCUGAUCAACAUUGAGAUGGAUGACGACUACACAGAGAUGCUCUUCAAGAAAUGUGACACAUCCAAAUCUGGAUACUUGGCUGGAGAGGAGAUUGAGCAUUUCUAUAACCUGUUGACCCAACGGGAGGAAAUCGACGUGAUCUAUGGAGCGUACGCUAAAACGGCGGGCUUUAUGAGUCCUCAGAACCUGGUGGACUUCCUGAUCAAAGAACAGAGAGAGAAAGCCACGCUGGCUGAUGCACACAACAUUAUCCAGAAGAAUGAGCCAGAUGAAAAUGCCAAGGAGAAGAAGCUGCUGUCCAAAGAUGGCUUCCUCAUGUACACGCACCAUCCAGAUGCCUUGGUCCUCAAUCCAGAUCACAGAGAGGUGUACCAGGACAUGAGCCAGCCCCUCAACCACUACUUCAUCUCCUCCUCGCACAACACCUAUCUCAUGGAGGAUCAACUCAGAGGACCCAGCAGCACGGAGGCUUAUGUCAGGGCUCUGCUGAAGGGCUGCCGCUGUGUGGAGCUGGACUGCCUGGACGGAGCAGAUGAUGAGCCAGAGAUCUACCAUGGCUACACCCUUACCUCCAAGAUCCUCUUUAAAGAUGUCAUCAAGGCCAUAAAGGAGUACGCUUUCAAGACGUCCGAUUACCCAGUUAUCCUUUCCUUGGAGAACAACUGCAGUGUGAAGCAACAGGAAGUCAUGGCCCAGCACCUGACCUCCAUCCUGGGCAGUGCUCUCGUCACUUCCCCCCUGGGGGAUGGCAUGCCCAUCAACUUUCCAUCUCCUGAGGAGCUGAAGGGGAAGUUCCUGAUCAAAGGAAAGAGGUUAAACAAACUGGAGGCCAGCUUUGCUCCUGACGGGGAAGAAGAUAAUGACAGGGACAUGACAGAGGAGGAAGAUGAUGAAGAUGAACAUGAAGGAGAGAAAAGAAAGAAGAAAAAGAAGCUGAAACUGGCGAAAGAGCUGUCUGACAUGGUGGUCUACUGUAGGAGCGUCCCCUUCAGUAGUUUUGAGGAAGCAAAAGAAAACCUGAGUUUCUACGAGAUGUCGUCCUUCAGCGAGGGAAAGGCUAUGAAGCUGGCAGAGGAGUCAGCUAAUUCCUACAUCCGUCAUAACGUGGACAAGCUGAGCCGCGUCUACCCAGCAGGCUCCAGGGCCGGCUCCUCCAACUACAACCCGGUGCCUCUGUGGAACGCCGGCUGCCAAAUUGUGGCCUUAAACUUCCAGACAACCUGCACAGACAUGGAUGUUCACCAGGGCAGAUUCCUGGUUAACGGAAAGAGCGGCUACAUCCUGAAACCGGCCUUCAUGAGGGACAGAGACACAGAGUUUGACCCCAUCACCCUGACCCGAGGAGACUGGCUGAAGCCCAAGACGCUCCAUGUUAUGGUUAUAUCCGCCCAGCAGCUCCCCAAAGUGAACCAGAAGAAAUCUUCCAUUGUGGACCCGCUGGUUAAAGUGGCGGUGUACGGAGUGCCAACUGAUAAUGCUGAGAAAGAGACCAGCCACGUUAAAAACAAUGGUUUUAACCCAGAAUGGAAUGAAACCUUCCAGUUUGAUGUGUACGUGCCAGAGCUAGCACUGGUGCGCUUCACUGUUGAAGACUAUGACUUCGCGUCUGACAAUGAGUUUAUUGGACAGUACACACUUCCAUUCAACAGUUUAAAAAUGGGAUACAGACACGUGCCUCUGCUCAAUAGGAACGGAGACGUCCUCCUCUCAGCUGGACUCUUUGUACACAUCAUGGUCCUCGAUGCUGAGUAAGACGUCGCCGACUGGCAUGUGCCUCUGAAGACACAAGGACCUCCAUUACACAGCCACAUUUCAGCCGAUUUGUAGUAUUUAUUUUAUUUGCUCUAUAGUUUUAGUUCAUGAUUAACUUAUUUUCUUAAUUCCAGUAGUUUGAGCAUCUAUUCUUAAAGUCAAAUAGAGACUACAAUCUUGUCAAAGGAUAGAAAAAAGAACUCCAUCUGCAACCGGAGAUGAAUUGUAGUGAGAGGAGGGCAUCUGUACAUACACACCAAAGGCCUCUUUACAGUCGCCGCAGCCGACCUGUCGCGCGACAAUGUGACGUCAAAAUGACAGAUCUCGCUGGUGCGCCAGAAUCUUAAGUGCGCGACCAGAGGUCGUUACUGGGUUAAGAUGAGUUCUUUUAUGGUGAAUGAAUCCGACGAAGUAGGUCAUCGAAUCUUAGUGCGGUCUUCUCUUUGCCAUUGUUUACCUUACCUUUGGGAUGAAUAAAGUAUCAUCUAUCUACCUUUUUUCUUCUUCUAGUCCGUAGAAAUAGCAAAGUCGGUAGCCUUUCCUUAGCUGCACCACCUCUGUCAGGAAUAGACUGCAAUUAGUGUUGCGACCACCACGCCCGAGUAUAAGUAGUCACGGCGCUCCAUGACGUCACACUGGCGAAUGACAAGUCGGGAACGGCAAGUAUACCGGACGCUUAAGAUUGCUAGACUUUAUAAUGCUCCAGAUGAGUCCCAUUACAGGGACUAUUAUACAAACUUUUAAUCAGUUUGUAUGAGUUGCACUAGUCUUAUACCACAUCCAGUUUGUUUUUAAGACAGCUUGUGUCUCUCAUUUCAGAUUUAAAUUCUUUUUUUUUUAACGACAAUUUUAUGAAAUCUGUAGAAACAGUCGACAUUAAAACUAAUGUGCUUUGUCUUUCAGUAAUUAAUCAUCAAGUAUGACUAUUUUUCAUGUGACAUCAUCACAACUACUUAUUUUUGUAAAUGAAGAUGAAAACUUUUAAACAUGAAACCCAUCUCGAUGUUUUCUUUCCCAGCACUUUGAUUAAGUGUAUUGCACUUAUCUGAAGGUUCCAUGUGGAUAAACCGUGCAUCUGUAGUCAAGACUCUUUUAAUUAUUGAUCCUGGGGCUUCUGAUCCAGUGGUAACAAGUGGAAUAAUACAACUGUAAGGUACUUGAUGACCUUACUAAUUAUAACAAUAACGCUUACAGCUCAGCAGUAGUAGUCAGUGAGUACAGUAGCUAAACCAAGUACCUUUUUGAACCAGUUAAUUUUAUGCAAACAGGAGAAG